AUGACAGAAGAAACACCUACUGACGACCGCCGUUUGUCUGGCAUCCCCUACCAUGUGCUUGGAGCAGUGGACCCAAACGCUGAACAUGUUGGGUCUACGGAAAGGUAUUACAAGUGUGGUGGUGAGAAAGCUGCUGAUCUCAUGGCAAUGGGAAUUGGACUGAAGACUUUUGACUUACGUGAGGUGGGCAAUGUUGAUGAGGAGCCUUACUGCUCCAUGAAGCUGAAGAAAAAGGUAACACCCACUCAGAAGCAUUUUGUUGAUGAGAUUCGUCGUCGAUGCAUCCUAGAUGGUUUAAGUGAGCCCAAGUGUGGACAUUGGGAAAAGAGGAAGUGUCUUGCUUGGUUGAGGAGUCAUCCCUUGUCCAACACGAACGAUCGUGCCUUUGUCAUUGCCGAAGAAAAGAAGCUCUUCGAUUUGGUUGUGAAGGCAAAGCUCGAAAAGGAAGAAGACAAGAAGGAAAAGGCUUCACCGUGGGUCACCCCAGAGCCCUAUAUUCGCAUGAUUGAGUGCAUGUUGGAUGAUUCAAUCCGUGGACAGUUCCUGGAAAUGCACAGGCUGGGUGAGAGAGAUGAAUUAGAUGCACGCAAUUCGGCAGACAGGCCUGAAACAGUAUAUGAAUCCUGUGCCCGUUUGUAUAAUGACAAGGAACAUGAUGUCUUCUCUCGCUGCUUACCCGAUCUUCAUUUCACCUUCGCGGAAGUGUUGGACUGUUCGUUCGAACACAUGCCAGGUGCCAUCACUUCUGAUGAAGUGAAGCGCCGUUGGGGUGAUUGCCGUGCCAAACUGAUCAAGAUUAUCGCGAAGUGGGAACUCAGCGGGAACGGAUUUGGCCAGCGUGUUGAGGAAGAUGACGCCUUCGGCCAUCUUGGAGAAGAGGAACUCCAGUGUGGUGACAACAGGGCAAAUUUCCUUGACUCCCAAACCAAGGAGCACAUCCUGUACUUGUGGCAUGUGUCGGAUGACCAGGAAAUCUUGAAGAAUGUCAUGUGUGUGAUCGCGGACUCUUGUGCUGCCAGUUCGGAGGCCUGUUCUUCGGUUGCUGCCUCGGUUAAUAGCUCUGCUCGCAAGAGGAAGGUUGAUGAAAGGGCCCUUGGUUUCUUCCGUGCGAAGAUGAGCCUAGCCAUGCACUCCAUGUCUCGUGCAGCCAUCUGGAAAGAGCUACGUGAAACGCAAGAAAAGCUUUUCGAGUCCCAACUCAAAGUGAUGAAGACCAAGAGUGCUACCUUGAGUGAACUCUACAUGGGACGCAUUCGUAUGCUCGAAGCAAAUGUCACCGCCAUCCAGGAAGGUCUCGACGCGUUGGACUUUGAGGAUAAAAUGGAUGCCAUUAGCCCCAAAAAGAGAAAGAAGAGGAAGGUUGUUCCUACCCAAGUCGAGUUGCCUCGUGGAUUGAUCGAAAGCGGCGAUGAAGACAGUGACGUUGGCGACGAGGAUGAGGAUGUUGAUGACGAGAUCGCGGCAGCUUCUGCGUCUAUUGGCUACUAG